GAUUGGAGGCGGAGUUACGGCCUGAGUCACAUUGAGUGUGUGUCGUGUGUCCCGCUCAGCUACCGACGUAAACAGAAGCAGCGAGGCGUACUGAAGCGAGCCAACGGCUUGACUAACGUGUGCUAACCAUGGUCGGAGCGCCCGGGGCGUGCGCGCUGCACUUACAGCCCGACUCCGCCUCAAUGUUGAUGCAACGGCCGUUACUUCAUUUUAAGUCACGCGCCUGAGCUGUGGUCGGGGUCGCGAGGUUAGCUAACUCGGCUAACUUGAACGGGUAGGCUAGCAGCAAGGCUUGAGAAGACGCUGACCCGAUGGAGCCUCCGCUGGGGUCUCUGCAGAACCCUGGCCUCAGCUCUGUCCUGUCAUCAUGUGAGCCGGAGCUGCAGGAGCUGAUGAGACAGAUUGACAUCAUGAUCAACCAGCAGAAGAGUGCGUGGGAGGCUGAGAUUCAGGCCAUUGAGCUCAGGCUGAGAAGUGCCGGAGAGGAGCUGUUGAUUUCCAGAGAUCUCAUUGAGCGGAGGGACCUGGAGAUCGGACUGCUCCGCAGGCAGCUGGAAGACGUCCAGCCUGGCCGACAAGAGUUGGUUAACAAGUACGAGCAGCAGCUGCAGAAAGUCCGGGAAGAGUUGGAUAAGUUAAAGAGAAGUUAUCUCAAACUUCAGCGCAAACAGCUCAAGGAGACGAGUGGGAGAGCAAAUACGAGCGAGGCUCACCGCUCAGAGGUGGCCCGACUCAAAGGAAAGAUUGAGGACCAGUGCUCUUCAGAAUGGGAGCAGCAGCGUAUCCAGCACCAAAAGCAACUGACAGCGCUGGAGGCCCACAACCUGAGGCUGACUGAUGAGCUCACACACAUGAAAUCCCAGUGGGCGUUGUGGCAAAGGGAGAGGGAGCACAGUGGGUGCUGUUCAGAGGUGCAGCGUAUGCGUACGCAGCUGGAGAAGGCUCAGGGCAGCAUGCACUCGCAGGAACUGGAACUGGAACGCCUCCGACCACUCGAGAUGUGGCUGGGACAGGACGACCGAGAGCAGCAGGUCCUUUCGGAGGAAAGGGAGGAGCUCCACGGCACGCUGGACUCCCAGGAUACAUUCGUGCGGAGAGCCAGUCUCGAACACCGAAGGCUUCGGAACAAAGCUGCCAGACUCGGCCAAGCACUGCAGGCUAAAGAUCAAGUCAUUCGCUCUCUGGAAGACUGCCUGGCAGCUCAGGGCUGUGCCAGUGUGGAGACCCUCAGACAAGAUCUGGAGAAGACCGCAACCAGGCUGCGCUGCUCCGAAGCGUGUGAGGCUCAUCUCAAGGACGAGCUGGCGAGCCUCAAAGACGGGCCGGAGAAGGAGAGCCGACGGAGAGCUGAGGCACAACGCGACUCCUCUGUUGCUGACAUGAAAAGGCUCAGAGAAGACCUCCAGAGGGCCAGGCAGACUCACGGCGGCGAGGUGGAGGGAAUGAGGAAGGAGGUGUCGAAGCUGACCGCUGAGCUGCACCAACGCGACGCCGCCAUCGCCGCGCUGAAGGACUCCUCCACCAGCGUCAGGCAGCAGCUCCGUGGCGAGGCAGAGCAGAAGGCGGCUGAGCUCAAAAUGACUCGGGCACAGCUGGAGACUCUAAACACCGAGAACCAGCAUCUGCAGGUGCUGCUGCAGAGGCAGGAGGCUCAGUCACUGAAGAGGGGAGAUUCCUCGCUUGUAUCCCUGAGGGAGAGCCGUGAGUCGUCUCUGAGCAGCCUGGAACAAGAGAACCGGCAGCUAAGGCAGGCGAUCCCAGAGAUGUGCGGCAUGACCGAGCAACCCCAGCCUGCUCGGGACAGCAAUGAAGAUACCCGACAUCGCAAACACAGGGAGGUGAUUCAGAGAGAGUCCAGAGACAACAUCAUGUCCGCUCACUCUCCAGUGGAGUCUCUGUUAGUGUCACCGGUGGACGGCAUGGUCUCUCAAUUCCUGGAUAAAGAGAGCUUUCUGGCCAAGGAGCUGGUCGAGAGACUGGACACCUACAUCCAGGGUAUGAUGAGCGGCAGCAUCAGGAUAGCCUCCAAGUACCUGCCAAGUGGCUCGGGGCCCGAGUCUGACCAGACUACAGCAAAGAAUGUGGGAGCUGGAGGUGGAAGCUGAGGCUGGCUGCCCAAGGCAGUACGCGGCAGCUGGUGAUACAGCUUGGCUGUCAAUGGCUGUAGGUGGAGGCUGGAGCUACCCUGAAAGGGGGGGGGGGGCUGCCUUAAUGGAACCUGCGUACAGAGACUGUAAAUAUGUCUGUACAGUACAAACAUGCAUGUCGUUCCCACACAGAGUGGUACAUCCUCUAGUCCCCGGAGCCACCAUGGAUCUUCAGAGGUGCUCCUGGACCGUAGCGCUCAGCUGGGGGUCACAGAACAAUGUCCCGUACCUGAGCCUUUGUCUUUGCACUUAGUCUAAAAAAUUGUUGUAUUGUUUUGUUUUUAACUGUUUUAGAAUGUAAAUAAUGUAGAAUACUACAACUACUUGAUCAUUAAUUCUGUUUUAAUGUGCCUUCCUUUUUUGCUUCCAUGGUAUCAAUUUUAUUUUUGAAUAAAAUAUAUAGAGCAACAAAUU